AUAAAUAUACAAUAAAGUUAAUAUUUUUUUUUAAAAUAUCAUUUGCAUACAACAUAGCAAAGCUAAAAUAUAAAGUUGAUUUUUUUUAAAAAUAUCAUUUGCAUACAACAUAAAUAUUUUUUUAUACAGAUAGUAUAUAAUAUACAUAGAAAAGCUGAUAUUUUUUGAUGCGGUCUAGUGCAACUACUUUUAUAUAUAUAUAUAUAUAUAUAUGUGGUGAUAGGGCCAAUUGUGUUAUAGUUAUUUGCUCUUUCGACAGCUGCAAAAGAUAUACAAUGACACGUCCGCUGAGAACAGGUAAGUUUAAGAUUUUUUUUCUUGCGGGGACCUUUAAGAAUUAUGAAACUUUUUUUACUCCUUUGUUUAUUUACAUAAACAAUAAGAGUCUGUUAACCUAUAGGGUUCUUUAUGAUAGAUUUUUUUCAAAAAAAAAGGAGUUUUUAUUACAAAAUGGAUGAUUGUUUGAUUUUCAAUAAAAAAGUAAUGCGAAUGUUAAAAGUAAAACAAAAUCGAUACCUUUUUCUUGGCUCAGAUGCUUGUACCCAUCUAACCGUGUGGAUUAGAUUAAUCAUAAAUAUAACAUUCAUUUAUUAUACCAAUGUUACAUUUUACCUUUGAUGAACCAACCAAAGAAUAAUAAUGCAUGUACAGGGCGUUUUAAUAGCAUAAGGACAUUUAUCAUGCGAAGAAAAUCCAACAUGGAGUCGAUGACGAGAUCUAUGCUAAACCCUUAUCAAAUUAGGACAUUCUUCGCUGCUUACAUAUAUAUAUAUAUAUAUAUGGUAUGGAUUCAAUACAUUUUAUUAUAGCUUCAACCUUAUCAAAUUAGAACAUUCUUCGCCGCUUACAUAUAUAUAUGGUAUGGAUUCAGUACAUUUUAUUAUAAGCUUUUAUAUCUAAGUUUCUAGUAUACUGAUUAGGCAGAAUGGGAGCUUUUUCUUGCCCCUUACACUCGACCCAAGUGGUCUCAUCUUUUACUGCCAGUGAAUUUAAUAUUUUCCAUCUACUUUUUCUUCUGAUAAUAUUUGUCUUCCUCAAGUACGCUGGCUCUCUAUUUUCAGAUAGAGAAUUGCCUCUUCCACCAGGUCCAAAACCAUGGCCUAUAGUUGGCAAUUUUUUCCUUAUGGGCAAAAAGCCUCACAUCUCAAUUACCCAAUUAGCCAAACACUAUGGCCCUCUAAUAUCUCUAAGGCUAGGCACUCAACUCCUUGUUGUUGGGUCUUCCCCAGUGGCUGCCACAGAAAUCCUAAAGACCAAUGGUCGUCUACUCUCGGCUAGGAACCAACUGUUCUCUGCCAAGGCUAUAGAGUUGCAGGCCAUUUUGAGGGAAAAGAAAGUGAAUGAAAUGGUUGAAUUUUUGAGGACCGAAGAAGGGAAAGUGGUAGAUAUUGGAGAGGUUGUGUUUACCACAGUUUUUGAUACCCUUGCUAACCUUUUUUUCUCGAGGGAUUUCAUUGGGUUUCGAAACCAAGGAAUUGCAAGUGAAUUGAAGGAACUAAUUUGGAGGAUGAUGGAAUUGGGGACUACUCCAAAUAUUGCUGAUUUUUAUCCUCUAUUUUCGAGGUUGGACGUCCAAGGUCGAAGAAAAAAAGCCUUAGGUUGUCUAAAUGAAAUGUUUGGUGUUUGGGAAUUUCUUAUCAAGGAAAGAAGAGAAGGUAGUCACGGACAUAGCAAUAUAAAACAUGGGGAUUUUCUUGAUGUUUUUCUUGCAAAUGGGUUCACUGAUGAACAGAUCAAUGUCUUGUUUCUGGAACUAUUCACUGCAGGGACAGACACUACCACUUCAACAAUAGAAUGGGCAAUGGCAGAGCUGCUUAAGAACAGAGAAGCAAUGAAAAGGGUACGCGAAGAACUCAGAAGAGAAAUCAAAGGAGACUCCAUUGCAGAAUCAAAUAUCUCUCAGCUUCCUUAUUUGCAAGCAUGUAUUAAGGAAACACUAAGAUUACACCCACCAGUACCAUUCCUUCUUCCACGUAGAGCUGUGGAGAGCUGCGAAGUUAUGAGCUACAGAAUUCCGAAGAACUCUCGCAUAUUUGUGAAUGUUUGGGCAAUUGGACGCGAUCCCAAAAUCUGGGAAUGCCCAUUAGCUUUCAAACCUGAAAGAUUUAUGGUUGGUUCGAAAUUGGACUUUAAAGGUCACAACUAUGAAUUUUUACCAUUUGGUGCAGGAAGAAGAAUUUGUCCUGGACUUCCAAUGGCUAGUAAACAAGUUGCUCUGGUUCUAGCAUCUUUGAUACAUUUCUUUGAUUGGUCACUAUCCAAAGGUGAAGAUGUUGCAGAGUUAGAGAUGAACGAAAAGUUUGGAGUGACAUUGCAAAAGGAAGAAUCUUUGCUAGCUAUACCUAAAUAUAUAUAAUAAACUAUGUAAAAAUAAAAUUAAAAAAAAAAAAAAAACACUGAAAUGUUUUUUUUCGAUGAAUGUAAAAAAACGAAUAUUGUUUGUUAAGGUUUUUUGUGGUUUUCUCUUUGAUUUGA